AUGCUGCUCAACAUUAGAGGCCCGAGGCAGGAAAGGCGUAAGCUGAUCACCAGCGUGGUAAGCUCGCAGAUACUCUAUGCCGCCCCGGUGUGGGCCGAGGCAAUGACCGUGCGAACGGUGUCGAACGACGCGGCACUCGUCAUCGCCGGUCUCAUUCCGCUAAGGGAACUGGUCCGGGAGAGGUCAGAGCUGGCAGAGACGGCGCAGGACGAAACCACGUCGGCGUCGGCUAGAAAGUUAGCGGCGAGAGCCAGAAGCCUGGCCAACUGGCAGAGCUUAUGGGCGAACUCCACAAAGAGACGUUGGACGCAUAGGCUCUUUCCGGAUGUGGGCAAAUGA